UGUGUUUUGUGUGUGUAUGGGCAGGGUGGGGUGAGAGUGUGUGAUCACUGACAGGUUAUGACACGAGUGUGAGACCCCAGUGUCGUGUCGGUGUGAUGGGGCAGUCUGGUCAAUGGGGAGAGAUGUGUGGCACUGGUGACAAUAACUGUACAGUACAACAUUAUGGGAAUGUGUGUGACGUGGGGACGUGCAUGGUUUAAUGUGUGUGUGUGUGUGUGUGUGUGUGUGUGUGUGCGCGCGCGCUGGGUGCAGGCAGGGCUGUUCUUGCUUAAUCUGUCCUAUUCUACUGUCACAUGAAAUAAUAAAACCCCAAUCAGACGCAUUACGUAUUGUGACCUCAUCAGGGAUGUCAUCUUUUGAUCCUGACCUGAGGCUUUACUCUCUCACGCGCGCACACAGACACACCCACACACACACUCACUUAUACUCUGAUGGCACUCUCCCCAUAUUUACUGCCCGUCUCACCCGUGUGUGUGUGUGUGUGUGUGUGUGUGUGUGUGUGUGUGUGUGUGUGUGUGUGUGUGUGUGUGUGUGUGUGUGUGUCUGACUGCUUCUUCUCUGGGUCUCACCUGCUGUUCUUCUCUCCUCUUCCUCCUCUGCUGAUGGAUCUGAUCUACUGGUUUCCACCAAUCACCAUAGGAGCUGGAUGAGCUGGUGGAUGACCGCAUGGCGCUGGUGUCUGGCAUCAGUCUGGACCCCGAGGCGGGCAUCGCUGUCACCAAGAGACUGCCUCCCUCAUGGACUGAGGGCGUGGACGAGAUCCAGUACGAGGUGACGCGUAUCCGUCAGAAGAUGAAGGAUCUGAGCGUAUUACACGAUAAGCACAUGAACCGACCCACACUGGAUGACAGCAGCCAGGAGGAACACGCCAUAGAGAUCACUACACAGGAAAUAACACAGAUGUUCCACAGGUGUCAGCGAGCGGUGCGCGGUCUGCAGUCCCGAUGUGGCCACUGUACUCAGCAGGAGGAGAGAGUUCUGAAGAACGUCGUCAGCUCACUAGCAACCAACUUACAGGACCUGUCCACAACCUUCAGGCACACACAGUCCAGCUACCUCAAACGUAUGAAGAACCGAGAGGAGCGUUCUAAGCACUUCUUUGACUCUGGGCCCCUAAUGGAGGAAGAUGAGGACCUGGCUCUCUACGACCGGGGCUUCACGGAUGACCAGCUGAUGCUGGUUGAGCAGAACACAGUGCUGGUGGAGGAGAGAGAGCGGGAGAUUCGCCAGAUCGUCCAGUCCAUCACGGACCUCAACGAGAUCUUCAGAGACCUGGGAGGCAUGGUGGUGGAACAGGGGACGGUACUGGAUCGUAUUGACUUCAAUGUGGAGCAGUCCUGCAUCAAGACAGAGGACGGACUUAAGCAGCUUCAAAAGGCGGAGCAGUACCAGAAGAAGAAUCGUAAGAUGUUGCUGAUCCUCAUCCUCUUCGUUAUCCUCAUCGUCCUCAUCCUCAUCCUCUUCAUCACCAAGUUCUAGCACACACACACAGCUGUGGCUGUGCGUGUAUGUAUGUAUGUGUGUGUGCGUGUUUGGGUGUGUGUGUCUGUGCGCACAUGCAUUUACACACACGUUUGUGUGUGUGUGUGUGUGUGUGUGUGUGUGUGUGUGUGUGUGUGUGUGUGUGUGUGUGUGUGUGUGUGUGUGCGCGUGCAGGCGUGAGUUUUAGUGUGAGUGUGUUUGUGAGAGGGCCUUAUCUCAUCUGUGCUCCGGUCAGGAGCCUGUGUGGUUUGUACACACCGUUGAGAAGAAUGAAAACAUAUUCCAUGUGUGUUUUGGUGGGAGAAGAAAGAAGACAUUCCUGUGUGUGUGACUGUGUGUGUGCGCGCAUGUGUGUGUGUGUGUGUGUGUGUGUGUGUG